UUAACCAGAUCAAGAUCAAAAUGGCCCAUGCCUUGCUUCUUGUGCUAGCAGUGGCUCUAGCCACCGUCAGCUCAGCCCAUGUUGCAGCCGCUCAGCUCAGCCCAGCCACCCCUCCUCUCUCAAAUGCAGCCACAGAAUACCUCAAAGCUCACAACCAAGCCAGAGCUGCAGUCGGCGUUGAGCCUCUCAAGUGGAGUGAGUCUCUGGCCAAUGCCACAAGCAGACUUGUGAGGUACCAAAGAGACAACAAAGCCUGCAACUUUGCUAACCUCACCAGUGGCAAGUAUGGAGGCAAUCAGCUGUGGGCAAGUGGCCAGUCAGUCACACCAACCAUGGUUGUGGACACGUGGCUCAAGGAGAAGGACUUCUACAACCACACUGACAACUCUUGUGUACCAAAUCAUAGUUGUGGUGUGUAUACCCAGGUAGUGUGGAGGAAGUCUGUGGAGUUGGGCUGUGCACAGGCCACCUGUGUGAAGGAUCAGAGCAGUUUGAGCAUUUGUUUUUAUAACCCUCCUGGGAAUGUUAUUGGGGAAAGCCCCUACUAGAGAAGUUUUCAAGUUUGGGAUCUAUGAUCUUGAGGGGUUAAUUAAUAAUGUGUUGUUGCACUUGGGUGUUGUUUAUAUGCAAAUUAGGCAAAAGUAUUGUCUGAGAGGCUCUUUUGCUGCUAAAUAACAGUAUGCUUAGUCGAUAUUCUAAACUUCUCUAAUUUACAAAGAUUAGAAAUCGAACUCAGUUACAAGAAGGCGAGCACACUAUCUUGA